CUUGUGUGUGUAUACGAAUCUGCAGCUCAGUUAGCCUUGUCAAACGGAUUAUUAGUUCGUAAGAGAGUGACACUAAACAUGCCUGUUGAGGCUUCAGAGUAUGAUUCGGCCAGGCUGUCUUUCACAGUCUGGGUUGAAUGAGCUGAGGGAUGAAGAGCAGAAAGCAUUCUGCCAAAGCUGGAAGCAACAAAAAGAAAGUCCCCAGUGACGUGUCCGUCUCUACGAGCCUUCCUCCUCUGGUUGAGGGUCAGCUCAGAUGCUUCCUCUGUGUGACCAUAAGCCGUGUGUUAUGGACGGUUCACAAGCCUCCGGCUCAAACAUUCAUCAGACUGCGCUGGUGGGGGGAGUCAUCCAACGGAACACACUUCUUCCCGAAAGAUGGAUCGAAGCUAUCACAAAAAAUCAUCAAGACUACAGCACGCUUCCCCAUCCGCUGUGGCCCAAAACAGUUCACUUCUUAUCUUACAGAUAUGGGAUCUUUGGUGCUGGAAGUUCUGACAAAACCAGACCACUUACCUGUUGCUCGGGCUCAGGUCGCUGGCAUCUCACGGCUGUCUCUGUCACAGCCAAUCAGCGGGUUUUACACUCUUGUGUCUCCAACAUCUCAGAAGCUGGGAGAGCUGCAGAUUUCCCUGAAUUUCGAGCCUCUGACCGAAGCCUAUGACAGCAGCAGCUCUGUUCCGGCUACAGACGUGAGCACGGAUGGGCUGCAUGUCCCGUCACAGACUGUACACAGACAUGCCUCUGCUGGCAGUGGGAAGGAAUCAGCAGGGAGCAGUGGUGAAAACACACCCAGGGGGAAAGACCACUUAUAUUUUCAGAAUAACAAACAAGAACAAAUGAAGAAUCAGACCACAGUACCAGACAAACCACACAACACUGAAACUGUUUUUAAUCCCUCCGCUCAGAAGUCUUGCCUCGGAGAAACAACUGAUGACAUCAUCUCUGUAAUUAUAGAGCGUGGAAACAAGCUUAGAAAUGCAAUGGUGGUGUCAGCUUUGAAAUGUGACUUAGACUCUGCUCCACCUCUCAGAGAUGCUCCUCUGCCUCUCCCAAAUGAUAACAUCCAACCACCUGCCAGGUUACCCUCCGUCUCUGGUACUUUCCUUCAAGAUAUCCUCCUUGCAGAAUCAGCCCUGAAGCACCCCGUUGAUGGUUCUCUUGACUGUGAAUUUAAUGGUGCUGGCGACAUGGACAAGAGGGCAGUGGAUCUGCUUCUUGGCAGCUCAAUCACAUCUUCACUGCCUCUUUUGGACGUACAAGGAUUUUCUCCUGAAUCUCUGUCAGAUCACAGCAGUGUGGGUGCAGAUAGCGAGCCCAAUGAUCCUCUGUAUGAUCUAAGUUUACUGGAAAAUUUGUUCUACAAAACUCCUAUCUCAGAUGCCAGACCAGAUGACACGGAGGAGAAAGAUGGAGGAGCCAUGUCCUUGACUGAAAAUCAGCUGACACAGUCUGCACCCAAAACUUGUGAAGUUCUAAAUUCAGGACAUCAGCAGUCUGAAGAUGGUUCUGGUAGCUUUGAUCCUCCCCUCAGUGAGGAGCAGCUGGCUCUGCUGAGUUUUACCCGGUUAGCCAGAGUAACCGUCAGCUCCCUAAGUGUAGCAACUGUCACCUCACCGAAACAAACCUCAAACAGAGGAAAACCUCCACGACCCUUAACCAGCAGGAGGUGCACCUAUUUUGUGGAAUAUGUGUUUCCGUCCACUACCACUCAGCAUGGUCGGCAUGGUAACAAGGCUGGAGAUGGAGAGGUGACCAGAGCCGUUUCCAGUAAAAUGACGGGAGGAGCUGUGAAGUUCCACCAGCUUUCCGUGUUUCCUGUCCACUUUGACAGAGCAACAGUUACAAAGUGGUGGGAAACUGAUCUGCUGUUCAAGAUUUACGUGAGAAAGAGUGACCAGAAAAAACCUGUUGCUGUUGGAAAGGCAGCUCACCCGCUGCGCUGUCUGCUGCAGAGCAGCCAGCUGAGGCAGUCUGUCCUGUUGCCUGUGCAGAAUUUAGAGGGCAGCAGUGGGGCACAAGGGAUUGGCCCACUCAAGGUGUCUCUAGAACUGGGAACACACAGCAAAAGUUCCAAUGAAAAAAGUAAAAAGCUGGCCUGGGGAGACACACCAUCUUCAAAAAUUCCACCCAGUCCAGCAGGAGAGAAUAUCUCCAGAUCUCAACACAUGAGCCCCCGCAGGGAGCAGCCGUCCGCUCACUCUGUAGAGGACUCUGUGCUGCAUGUUUGGACUCCUCAGAAGAUCCAAAAAGAACCCAGUUCUCCUCCUGGAACUAGAACGUCCCCUCCUAAAUCAUGGCAGCAAGUGGAGGAGGACCCUGAGGUCCUGCUGCAUGCCUUGCUCAUGGUGCCAGACGGGAAGAAUUUCAGCUCUGCCCCCCUUCACGGCCCUAACAUCUACUUGAACUGCAAGUUGUUUUGGUGCGAUGAGAUGGCCAGAUCUGUUGUCAGCUGGGGUCAGUCAGAUCCAGCGUUUCACUUUGUUCAGGUGACACCUGUGGCCUUAACAACUAAACUUCUUGAGCGAAUGAAGAAUAAUCUCAUGGUGAUUGAAGUGUGGCAGAAAUUUGGAAGCUCUGGGCAAGAUCAACUCCUUGGCCUUGUUAAAUUACCUCUUCACCAGUUCUACAUGUCGUUUCGGGAUCCCAAGAUCACCCACCUCCUCCUGCAGGCCCAGUAUCCUGUUUUAGGGGUGGACUACUAUAUGCCUGUCAUUGACGUCUUCUCGGGCAGUUAUAAAGGAAGCCUGCGGGUUGUUUUGGCCAUGGGCCGAUGGGAACAGAUUGUGUCACUUCAGCGCAGCAGAGAUGAAGAGUAUGAGUCUUUGUCUCAUUUUGUGAGACCAGUUCAUCUGCUCGAUCAUCAGCCACAUUCCCAGACAAAGGUACAAACAGCACAAGUGGAAAUCAUGCAAGAGCACAUGUUUGUGAUACGGGUGGAGAAGGUCAGUGGAUUGACACCUCUGCAGUCUACAGUGUGGGGUGAGGCUGACUGCUAUGUGCAGUACAGCUUCCCCUGUCAGGAGGCAGACACAAAGGUGGAGCCGAGCCUCAUAGAGAGCAGCAUGAAGCUAAAGCCAUUCCGCACCACCACAACCCUGUGUGUCCCUGACCCGGUGUUCGGUCACACUGAGACUCAUGUUCUUCUGGCUCCUGAAGGAGUUCCUGUCCAGAGACUGUUGCUCAGCUCUCUGUCAAGUCAAGGUCUGAGCAGUGGGGGAGGAGUCCAGUUUGAAGUGUGGUGCAGAUAUUAUUAUCCGAAUGUCAGAGACCAGCUCGUAGCCAGAGGAAUGCUUCCACUGUCCAAACUCUGUGCCAUGGUGACCAUGCAGAGACAGCAUCCUGUUGAGGCUCAAAUGUUCUCCCUACCCCUGACUCCCAGGACCGAUGGCUCCACUGGAUUUCAGCCAGAGCCUUCAGGACUGCUGGAUGUGAGCAUUAAAUACAAGCAUGGGCCUGUGAGGACUGAAGGACAGUCCAGGAGAGGAGCUGCCUCUCAGGUUGUGACACUCGUGGUUCAAGUGCACCGGGCGUCUGGUCUGAAGGCAGCAGCAAGGGUACUAUCAGAACAAGAGGAAAAGUUCAACCACUUUGUCGGAGUCGGGCUGAAUCCUUUCGUCACAGUGCAGCUUUCCUUCUUGCCUGAGAGCGAAACAAGAUAUACCCGCACCACGGCCAGGACCUUCUGCCCAGAGUUUGACCACCACAUUGAGGUGUCCUGUGAUCUGCUGCUUCACAUGAGCAGCGGAGAAACAUACAGCCUGGCAGAGCAGCUGGAACAGUCAGAUGCUGUCUUCACUGUCUGGAACCGCGACGAUCCAAAAGUGUCAGCAAAUGUUUCCAGACAGAAAGAGGUGAUGCUGGGCACAGUGAAAAUACCGUUGGCUGAUCUCAUCCAUAAAAGAACUGGCAUUUCUGGCUGGUUUGGGUUAUUUUUAACCUCUCAGCAGCAGCAGCACAUCUUGGUCGGGGGCAUUGAGAUUUCCAUCAGCUUCGCCCACCACGCGGACAGGGAGAGAGCCAUCAAAGCCGCUCGGGGCUUGGGCUGGGACAUGGCCCUCAGUGAGGCUGCGCUGCAAGACGAUGAAGAAUCCUGGGAGGAGGACAGCACGAGGAAGCUCUCUGUCAGUUUAUCGAUGCCCAAAGCGUGGAUCCCUGUCCACUGUUUGCUUCUGCCUGGUCUCACCGAACUCCAGCGCUCCACCUACUGCUACUUCAGGUACAAGUUCUACGACCAGAGUGCCUUCUGCUCCCCGCUCAAGCACCCCUGUGUGGAGGAGGGGGGUGAGGACGGCCAGGCCACAGUGAGUUUUGAAGGAAGUAGGACCAUAGAGAUGAUGAGCUCUCAGCCUUUACGGUGGUAUCUGCGAGAGGAAAAGCUGGAGGUGCAAGUUUGGGUGACUUUUAUGAAAAACAAGACCAAAAGGCCGAGCGACUCGGAUCGACUGGUGGGCUCAGCGUUCGUGGAUCUGUCCUCUCUUGCAAAAACACCAAAGUGCAAGCUGACUCUGAGUGGCGUCUACCCGCUGUUCAUGCGCUCGGCCACAGAUCUGCAGGGCGCCGCCCUCAGGGUGCACAUCACUCUGACGGCAGCCUCUGUUCCCACCGGACCGCGCGCUGGACCGGCUGUCCAGGUGGACUCUGACGCUCAAGACCAGGAACUCAUCUCAGAUGAGGCUGAAGAAGAUGAUCCAGCUUCGUCCCCUAAAAAAAACCCCAAAAAUAUCACACAAAGCAGAAAUCAGAAAAAGUCCUCUAGAUCCACACAGGACGUCACGCCUCCACAGCUCGCAGAAACGAGCUCAGAGGACUCCUUCCCUGCCACCGUGGCAGUGGACCAGGCCAUGCACCUCAACCUCAAAGGCUGUCCUCUGGCAGAGCGCAGCGAAGUGUCCCCAUGCUGCUGCGUUUCCUACCUGACUGCAGACUCACCUGAACCAGUGUCCACGGCUGUGGUGGCCAACACCGACUGUCCAGUGUGGGACCACCAGCAUGAGUGCAGACUUUCGAAGGAGCUCCUUGUUGAUCCGCAACAAUCUCUUGUGUUCAAAGUCUGGCACAAAGGAGAAUUGGAGAGAGUGAUUGGAUUCGCCUCUGUAGACCUCUCCCCUUUGCUGUGUGGCUUCCAGUCGGUGUGUGGUUGGUACAACAUCACAGACUUCAGCGGUCAGUGUCACGGCCAGAUUAAAGUGUCCAUCACUCCUCUGAGGGGAGUCCAUGACCUGCGGAGGCAGAGAAGAACUGGGCCUGACGAGGCUGCCAAAAACUCAUCGACUUUGUUCCAGACCAUUCCUGUUAGCUACCAAACUACAGCCCUGUACAGCAGCUUUCCCUCCCACAUCAGCAGAUACCCAGAGCAGAUCUCCUCACCCAGCCGCGCACACAGGCUGUUCUCUGAGAGGUCCACUGAGGGUGACCGUCAUUUUGAGCACAUGGACAACGUACGCCUUUACCAUCAGAAUCUGCAGGAACAGGCGUCUCACCCCGUUUGCAACAGCUCAGCCAAUGACAUCACCCCCUCCAGCUCACUCUUAUUUUCAUCCCUCAGGAAAAAACUAAGCGAGCUCGAUAACAUUCAGAGAUACUUCAGUAGGAAGCUUUCUACUCCCACAUUCCCGUCUGUGACAGAACAGGAAAGCCACCCCCAGCCUGAGGCGCAGAGGAACUCAGAAACUGAUGCAUGUCACCUGCUUCUCAAGUCCAAUCAGUUAGUGGGAGAAGUCAACAACAUCAUCAGCGGUCUACGAGAACAUCCCUUGGAGACCAUUCCCUCUAACGGACAGAGCAGCUCAGCAGCUUCGCCUGCGGAGCAGAACAGCCCUCAGAUCCUCCCGGAGAGCAUCUCCAGCCCAAACACACAGGACCAGGACGCUGUGGACGCUGUGUCCCCUCUGCCAUCGCUGAGCACAGAGAGCUCUGACAGCCCCGCAGGCUCAGAGCCAGAGGGAGAAAAGCACGGGAAAAGCACCAACCUGGACCUCUCUGAGGAAGAGGGUGAAGAGGAGGGAGCCUAUAGGCGGGACGAGGAAGCUGACGAUGAUGACGAGAAAGAUGAGGAUUACGACGAGGUUGUGGUGAAGCCGCGGCCUCUGAAUGAAGUGACCUCCUUAACGGACAAAACCAGCCCUUGGACCAGCAUUUUCUCAGAACCAGAUCUGGUUUCUCUGGAGAGCAUGGAAGCUUUGGGGGAGUCCGAUCUGAGUGAGGGUGAGGGGCCGGAAAGAAAGGAGGUAAAUCCGGAAACUGGCGACUCGGAUGGGAAGCACGAGGGAAGUGGUGAGUGUGGCUGCUGUAAAGGAGGAGACGCCUCAGACUCCGAAAGAGACGAGGAAAAGACGCCAGAGUCCCCAAGAAUGGAAGCAAGCAGCCCCAGCAGGAGCCCAGAGGUCUGCACCCCACUGGCCUGCACACAGCCCACCCCCAGCACCCACAAUGCAUCAGGGCAUCGGGAUAACCACGGAGCAGGGCUGCAGCUCUCCGCCCCGGUCGAGGUCCCCAAUUUCUUCCUCCCCCCUCAACAGCUGGAGGCGUCACUGAGGGCCAUCCGCUUAGCUCCCUCUUUCUCCCACGCCUGCAGCGACCCGAGCCAGAGUCCAUCAGACCAACGCAGCCCCCCCCCUCGCAGAGCUCCUCCACGCUGUCCCGACAUGUCCCCCUCAUCCAUGAGGAAAGAGACGGAGAGGAUCGCAAAAAUAUUUGCAGCCAACUGCGAGGAGUCUGACUAGCAGCGUCCGCCGGUCGACUCCAGACCGCAGCUAUCAUGGACACCCUGUGGAAUAUUUUGUAUUUUUAUAAAUAAAUUAAUUUACAUGGU